GCCACCUCCACGCAGACCAGGCCCUCCCCACAACAGUCGCUAGAAAAUUCUGCCCCCCUUUUUAUAUCACUUCUCUACGAAAACCCUAAACCCUUCCUUCAUCUAAACCUCUGAUUUCUGAACUUCACUUCAUCGAAUCGAUCGUCUCUUUGCUUCAUUGUCCGGCGUUAUAUGGCGACCACCGCGUUGCUAAGAUCUCUUCGUCGAAGAGACAUCUCUUCUGCGUCUUUAUCAGCCUUCAAAUCCUUAGGUGGAGCCAAACAAUCAUGGGUUGGGUCACAUUUGAGUCACAAGAUGGGGAUACUUUCCAGACCUUUCAGCUCAAGACCUCUAGGAAAUGAAGUUAUUGGGAUUGAUUUGGGUACUACAAACUCAUGUGUUGCAGUUAUGGAAGGAAAGUCUGCAAAAGUCAUUGAAAAUUCUGAAGGCUCACGAACAACUCCAUCAGUUGUAGCAUUCAAUCAAAAAGGCGAGCUAAUUGUAGGCACUCCAGCCAAACGUCAAGCAGUAACAAACCCAACCAACACUGUAUUUGGUACAAAAAGAUUAAUAGGAAGAAGAUUUGAUGACCCUCAAACACAAAAGGAAAUGGGAAUGGUUCCUUACAAGAUUGUCAAGGCUCCAAAUGGAGAUGCUUGGGUUGAAGCCAGUGGACAAAAAUACUCUCCAAGCCAAAUCGGUGCAUUUGUUCUCACUAAAAUGAAGGAAACAGCUGAAGCGUAUCUUGGAAAGACAAUCAAUAAAGCUGUUAUUACUGUUCCAGCUUAUUUCAAUGAUGCCCAAAGACAAGCAACUAAAGAUGCUGGAAGAAUUGCUGGACUUGAUGUGGAAAGAAUCAUCAAUGAGCCAACAGCUGCUGCUCUUUCUUAUGGAUUGAAUAACAAAGAGGGUCUUAUUGCUGUGUUUGAUCUUGGUGGUGGUACCUUUGAUGUUUCCAUUUUGGAGAUUUCAAAUGGUGUCUUUGAGGUUAAAGCAACGAAUGGGGAUACAUUCCUUGGAGGAGAGGACUUUGAUAACACAAUGCUGGAGUUUCUUGUGAGUGAAUUCAAAAGAACAGAAGGAAUUGACCUGUCAAAAGACCGUCUUGCCCUUCAAAGACUAAGGGAAGCAGCUGAGAAAGCCAAGAUUGAGCUCUCUUCCACAACCCAAACAGACAUCAACCUUCCCUUCAUCACAGCUGAUGCAUCUGGUGCGAAACAUUUGAAUAUCACACUGACAAGAUCAAAAUUUGAAGCUUUGGUUAACCAUUUGAUUGAAAGAACAAGGAAUCCAUGUAAAAACUGUGUGAAGGAUGCUGGAAUCACAACAAAAGAGGUUGAUGAAGUUCUUCUGGUGGGUGGAAUGACACGUGUCCCUAAGGUUCAGGAGGUUGUUACUGAAAUCUUUGGGAAGACUCCAAGUAAAGGAGUGAAUCCUGAUGAAGCAGUUGCCAUGGGAGCAGCAAUUCAAGGUGGAAUUCUGAGAGGUGAUGUGAAAGAGUUGCUUCUUCUUGAUGUCACUCCUCUUUCUCUUGGUAUUGAAACACUUGGUGGGAUUUUCACUAAACUCAUUGGUAGAAACACCACAAUUCCAACAAAGAAAAGUCAGGUGUUCUCCACAGCAGCAGACAACCAAACCCAAGUGGGAAUCAAAGUCCUCCAAGGAGAACGUGAAAUGGCAUCCGACAACAAACUUUUAGGGGAAUUUGAGCUCAUGGGAAUCCCUCCGGCCCCACGUGGAAUGCCACAAGUCGAAGUCACAUUCGACAUCGAUGCCAAUGGCAUAGUCACAGUCUCAGCCAAAGACAAAUCCACCGGAAAAGAACAACAAAUUACCAUUAGGUCCUCGGGUGGUCUUUCCGAUUCCGAGAUUGAAAAAAUGGUCAAAGAUGCCGAACUCCAUGCCCAAAAGGAUGCCGAAAGGAAAACACUCAUUGAUGCCAAGAACAAUGCGGAUACAACUAUUUAUAGUGUCGAGAAGAAUUUGAAUGAGUAUAAGGAGAAGCUUCCGGCGGAUGUGGUGGCGGAGAUCGAGGCGGCGGUGGCGGAUCUCAGGAAGGCGGCUGGUGGUGAAGAUGCGGCGGAGAUUCAGGCCAAGAUUGAUGCGGCGAAUAAGGCGCAGUCGAAGAUCGGUCAGCAUAUGCAAGGUGGGGGUAGCGGCGGUGGUGGUGGUGAUUCGGGGUCGCAGGGUGGUGGUAGUGGUGGUCAGGCGCCGGAGGCGGAAUAUGAGGAGGUAAAGAAGUAGAGGGGAUAAAUUGUUAUUAGAUGUUUUUUUGUAACUAAAAACUUAAGGUGAGUGGGUUGUGGUAGAAAUAAUCAUGGAAAUGUUUAACGCUUUUUUGAUGUAGUUGUAUUGGUGUCAUUGAAUGGCAUCCAUCACGCAAGCAAAAAAAAGUUAAUAUCGUUUUAAUUUGUUUAUUUAUCUGAAAUGGC